ACAAGAACAAGUGCAAGCAAUGCUAUAUGCUAUAUGCUUGCCAAGCAUUUAGCAUAAGCAUUAAGCAAGUGAAGUAGCAUAGCAAGUGAGGCUGAGUGACAACGACAACGUCAACUCAACUGUCAACGUUCUCGCUAGCUUCGAAAGUAUUGUUAGCUUAUUGGAAAUUGAAUAAUAUUUUACAUGCCUAUCAAAACUAAAUACUUAGUCUUCUUCCGUCAUUGUUUUGUCUAAGUUCAACGAGGUUUUUCAUCAUACUGUAGUAUUGUCCAUACACAGUGCUUCAUUAUAACAAUACGGUAUGGUUUAUUAGGCCUUUACGUAGUUGUUGUAAAACACCUUCAUUUAGCCCUAUAUAAAAUAUACAUCAAAAUGACGGCAGUUUGGCAGCAGCAAGUAUUUGCCCUGGAUGCAAGAUUUAAUGCUCACCGAGCUCCAAACCAUCCUAAUUUUAGAACACUUUAUAUUCGGAGACGCAAUCAGUUGCUCCGGGAAUACUCCAAAGGAGAGGACACAAAUCUGCGAAGACAAUAUCUCAAGAUACGGUGUCAGAUUCUACAACAGAGGUAUGGACUGGGCUAUGACCAGGCUAGUAUGCAGAGUCGAAGUAUGAGUGCAAGGAGUAGCAGCAGGGUCAGUGAGUCUCCGGAGUACACUGGAUGGGACCCUCCGACUCAUCGGUCCUCCACUGAAGUUGACCAUGGUCUGGUGCCAACCCGACAAGCCGAGGCUUCCAGGGCCAUAGUCGGUGGCAACACUAUUGCCGAGAACUAUGCCUUUGUUGGAGUGCACCACAUAUUUGAUCAGCACACGGCGGCAGUCACCAUGACCAAGUUUGCUUACAACGAUCGCUCUCGGCUCUGCUGCGCCUCCAACGAUGGGUCAGUCUCCAUCUGUAAUGUCACAACCUCCCCUCCCAGCGUGGACUGUGUGCUCACUGGACACAAAAAGGCUGUCACAGCUUGUGACUGGUCCGUGGCCAAUGAUCUAGUGGUGUCGUGCUCGCUGGACGGAACAUUGUGUCUGUGGGACGUGACGUCACAUUCAUGUCUACGCUGUGUCAGAGAUCAGGCCGGGGUAGAACUGCUGUCUUGCGCAUUCCAGCCCGCAAACAACAACAUGGUCAUUGUAGGCAACGGGCGAGGGAUGGUGCAAGUUUUGAAUGUAUCCACGGGUAUCUACCCUAGAGGAGGAAGCAGCAAGAUGGGGGGCAAGGUGUUGAGUCUGGCCUUUGAUGCUUCUGGCCAACUGAUAUGGGCUGGCAACGACAAGGGCACCAUUGUCUCUUUCUCUUUUGACCUGGAGACCGGCAGACUGAGCAAGCUGCGCCGGCUGGUGGUGGGGGAAGACUGCGCCAUCACGUGUAUCAGCUGGCGCGCCUGGGUCAGUCGGGAGGCCAGGGAGCCUCUCCUAUUGGUCAACAGCUCCAACAACUGUGUCUCUACGUUCAGAGUUAUAGAUCGAGAAGGAGGUCUCCAACUAAAACGAAGGUUAAAUGUUCGUCACAAGAGCAGUCGAUACCUAGUCAGGUCCACAUUCUGCCCGAUCAUGUCUUUCCGUCAAGGCACAUGCAUAGUGACGGGCAGUGAGGACUCGUGUGUGUACUUCUUGGACGUAGAGAGAGAGAAGGGUCAGGCAGUAGUAAACAAGCUGCAGGGCCAUGCGUGUCCAGUGCUGGGAGUCAGCUUCAACUAUGAUGAGAGUCUACUGGCCACCAGUGACGCCCAGGGGCUGGUAAUUGUGUGGUCGAGGGCACGAGGUGACCGAUCCUGACUGAGAGAACAUCACUACUGUGACGACUGCUGCUAGACAAUGAUCCAGAGGCAGGUUACGGCUGUUUGGGCAAGUUGGGACCUUAGAAAUGAGCUCAGAAGUUCCCCAAGUCACCGAGUAUGCCGUCACUGUCACUUUUAGCAUGGUGAUCAGUGUGGCGUAGUGCGGGCUGGUCUAAUCAGCUGUGGGAGGCGAUUUUCAAAACUAAAGGUAUUCAAAUGUACCGGUCAAAAGAAACAAAAUAUUAACUUAGAAAUAUUUUUGCAAGUAAAUGGUUGUUACUCUCAAAGAGAGAAAGUUUUUUUACAAACUAAAACCAACUGUGUAGAAGUGUUUUUAAUUUUAUUUCAAUUUUAGAAAUUAGGGAUGAAAUUGCAACAAUUUUCUACAUAUAUUUUAUAACCUAUAAUUGCAAAGUUUCACUUUUUCACUCCUGUGGUUCAGCCUCUAGGUUGUUACUAACAUUUGACAAAAUGACCAUUUUAAGCCCCAAGUGUCACAUUAUUUGUCAGAAUCACUUAACAAUCAAACAUUAUACAAUGAAAAUCAACUGUUUAAAGUAAUCUGUGACCAAAAAGUUGUGUUUGAAAGGGGAUCAUUGUUAUGUUGAGAAGUUUGUAAAAUUUGUUUUAUGACUGAGAAUGUUGUACACAAGAUAACACGCUUUUUCAGUUCAAUAUUUUUGUUUUGUGUUUGUUGUUGUUAUUUCACAUUACAAAAAUAAAUAUAUA